AUGUUGAUGUUUCCAGUAUUCGGUGGUGUGGGUUCUACCCUGCUGACUACGAGUCAUGGGCUUUCGAUCGGAACGAUUAUGAACAUGGUUCGUGGCCAUCUCAGGAAUGGGAACAGCAGCCGUGGGCACAGUACACGGGACAGGAUCCACCACCGCAGCCAUUGGCCAAGCGAACUUACUCACGAGGACAAGGCCUUGGAGGAGCAAGCGGCCGCCGCGGAGGUUCUCGCAGCGGAGGACCGUCGAACCUUGUCUUGGGGCGCGCACAGCAGCGGCCGAGGCCUGCAAGAGCAGGGUGCUCUCCCCGAGCUAGAGCAGGGCAAAAGGGAAGCAGCUCGAGCACCAACGGCAAUGGAUGUUUGGUCUGCGGCCGACCUGACCACUACGGGCGCGAGCGUCCUGAUCGCCACUCGGCCAAAGGCAAGCAGGUCGCUUCCAAGGGCAAAGGUUUCGGAUCCAAGGGCUCCGCGGAAGGCAAGGGGCAGCGUCGGCAGGGGCAAGGGCCAGCCAUCGUGCUACAUGAGGUGGUGUAUCUUCGACCUUCCCGUGAUCUGGUCCACGUCCAAUCCUGUGUCAUCCGAUCUGGUGCUGGACUGCGGGACGACUACUGCGGCGGGCGGUGGAGACGCGGUGGCCUCGCUCGCAGAGACGGUGAAGAACAAGUAG